AUGCUCUUGUUGCUAAAUCUAUGUCAAGAAACUUCAGUGCUAAUACAGUUUAAAGCCUCGUUAAAAUGGAAACAAAGUCUCCCUCGACAACCAAUUCUUGAUUCAUGGAUCAUUAAUAAUUCAAGUUCAACUUCAACACGAAUACCAUGUUCAUGGAGAGGUAUCACUUGUGAUUCAAAAGGAACUGUCACAAUUCUAAACUUGGCAUAUACUGAACUUCAACAGGGGGUCCAAUUAACCAAGAUAGCACCAGAGUACUCUGUGGAUGAGCCUGAAAAUCAGCUUGCUCAAAAGGCAGAUCUCUGUUUUAGAUCUGAGAAGCCACAUUGGAUGCCUUCAGGCUUCAUUUCCCUAAGCGGUGGUGCAGAAAUGACAAAGGAAGAGAACAUGACUAAGGCUAUAAAGAAUAUUCUUAGUGAGAAUUUUGAUGAUGAUGAAGCAACAGAGUCUCAGACUCUAUUGUAUAAAAAUCUAUGGCUUGAGGCUGAGGCUGCAUUAUGUUCCGUCUCUCACAAAAAUCGCUACAAUCAAAUGAAGAUUGAAAUGGAGAAACAGUCAUACAAGCAAAGAGACAUGGAGCAGCAUUCAAAAUCAGAAGUUAUUCCUAGUUUAAGCAGGAGUGAGAGUUCUGCAAUUGAAGUUAACAAAUGUCUAAACUCUGAUUCUUCUGAUGCUACCAUUCCAAAGGAACUUUCCCAGUCGGAAUUUUCUUCUGAUAUGAACAGGCUUGAUUCAUUGACACCUGAAGCAGAUGGUGGUCAAAACUUGUAUAAUUUCAUCCACAAUUAUGCUGUUUCUGGCAUAAACAAGGAAGUGGCCGGAAAUGACGAGGCUUCUGUUAUGGCCAAAUACAAUGUUAUUAAAUCCAGGGAUGACAAUUCGUGCAUCAACGCUAAUGAUUUGGAGACACCAUCGCACACAGCAGACAUCUUGGCAGCUCAAGUAGCAGAUAAUCAAAACCAGGUCAAUUUCUUUCCGGAUUUUCUAAUUCCUGGGAAAAACAUGGCUGAUUAUGAGACAUCUGUUUUGGCUAGAUUUCAUUUUCUCAAGUCCCGGGCUGCUGAAGAUUCAAGUUCUGUAUCUUCAACAGAGAAAUUGUUUGAAUUUUCUGGUGAAGGAACAAAAGAGACUGAAGGAAGAUGGAGAAAAUUUAACUACAAAAGCGCAGGCAACAACAUCUUGACUUCCUGCUCUCGAAUUUGA